AACAGUUGAAUAGAUUUGCUGGAUUCGGUAUUGGACUUGCAAGUCUCUUUACAGAAAAUGUACUGGCCCAUCCUUGCAUUGUUCUGCGCCGCCAAUGUCAGGUUAAUUACCAUGCUCGGCAUUAUCAUCUUACUCCGUUUACAGUCAUCAAUAUUAUGUGCAGCUUCAACAAAACUCAGGGACCAAGAGCCCUAUGGAAAGGAAUGGGAAGUACGUUUAUUGUCCAGGGAGUCACACUUGGAGCAGAAGGCAUAAUUAGUGAAUUCACACCUUUGCCAAGGGAGAUUUCACACAAAUGGAAUCCUAAACAAAUAGGAGAACACCUUCUACUGAAAGCCCUGACUUAUAUUGUGGCAAUGCCUUUUUAUUCAGCAAGUCUAAUUGAAACAGUACAGAGUGAGAUAAUUCGAGAUAAUACUGGCAUUUUGGAAUGUGUUAAAGAAGGAANCGGAAGAGUGAUAGGCUUGGGAGUGCCUCAUAGCAAACGACUUCUUCCACUUCUUUCCUUGAUCUUCCCCACGGUGCUGCAUGGAGUUCUUCAUUACAUCAUCAGCUCAAUCAUUCAGAAGUUUGUCCUACUCAUUCUAAAGAGAAAGACUUACAAUAGCCACCUAGCUGAGAGCACUAGCCCCGUGCAGAGUAUGUUGGAUGCUUAUUUCCCAGAACUUAUCGCUAACUUUGCUGCCAGUCUUUGCUCUGACAUCAUACUUUACCCACUGGAAACAGUUUUGCACCGCCUGCACAUUCAAGGGACACGCACAAUCAUUGACAAUACAGACCUUGGCUAUGAAGUGCUUCCAAUUAACACACAGUAUGAGGGGAUGAGAGACUGUAUCAAUACUAUAAAGCAGGAGGAGGGGGUGCUUGGUUUUUAUAAAGGCUUUGGUGCUGUUAUAAUACAGUACACACUGCAUGCAGCUGUCUUACAGAUUACCAAAAUCAUUUACUCUACACUUCUUCAAAAUAGUGUCUGAGGUUCAGGUUCCACCACUGAUUAGUCCAGAAGACAUAGUCUGGAAAAUUUGCUAUGAAAGUAAGAGAGAUGAAAGUAAAAUGCUGGGAAAAACAUGGAUUGUAAAGUGAAGUGGUAAAAAAGCUCAUGCUGAUUAUAUUGACUUUUCUUUGUUUUUUGUUUUUUCUUUUAAGGUAUAGGUAUAUAUUUUGGGUCAAAACCACUUUAAAUUUGAAAAUCUAAUAAAAUAACACAGGAAGUAAAUUCUGGCUUAUAGUAUAGCGUUCACACUGAAGUCGGAAUGACCCUGGGUAGAAGCAGACAUUUGUCAUCGAAUAAAAGCCAAAUUUCAUAGAGUUGAAUCUAUCCCAUCUUCCCUUUGUAUCCAUUACAUUUUAUCUCCUAGAUGGAUAUGGUCUAUUAUCUGUAGUACAGUGGAUAGUAUCAGGAGGUUUUACCUUUAAGCAAAUAGAUUAUGUCAUCACCAGAAAGGACUAAGAGGUUGGGGUUUGGCAAUCUAAAGCAUGAGGUGGAAUGUUUUAAAUUGUGUUGUUCCAUAUGACUAUUUUAAUGGCACAUGUAUUUGUUAUAUAAAGCCAUUGUGUACGCACAUAGAACUGCCUUCACCGCUAUGAGUGCUGUACUUUGAAUCAACCUGUUGUAUAUAAUGAAAUCAUGCGCUUUCUGCCUGAAAACCAGAAUAAAACAUCAAAAGCCAAGGUACCCAGACGAUUUCAAUCAAAUAUAGCACAUUUGUCCAUAUUUGAACCUAGUGUUUCAGUGCCAGCAACUUAAAAGUCGUCAUACAUUUAUAAAGUUGUUUGCUUAGCUCGUUCUGUGAACCCGCGCACUAUUUUUAGAGCCACUUUUAAGAGAGAAUAUAAAAUAAUCAUGACAGUGAUUACUGUUUCCACAUUUGUAAAUUGUGUACUUAAAAGAAUCUCACUUGCCUUUAAUUUCUGAAUGACUUAGAGAAGACAAAAUUAAAACUCACCUGGGAAUGUGUGCCUCUUGCCUACCAUAUUGUCAUUAAAUAAUGGCUUUGGUUUUUAUUUUCAUUCAAUUUUGCUUAAAGUUUCAUUCUUUAAAUUAUAUAUAUAUAUAAAGGGAAAUAACUUUCACUUAUCAUUUUUCAUUUAAACUUCUUUGGAUGAAUUCUGAAGAAAAACUACAAACCUUAAAAGAAGUUUGUUUUGUGUUUUAUGGAUUAGAGGGGAAAAGUACAUUUCAAGUAAUAAGCAAAAAAUGUUAAUCAGCUUAAUCAAAAAAUGUCUGUUUUUAAAUUUCAUUUGGUGGGUUAGGCUCUUUGUAUAGUAAAAUGAUAAGUGUUUGAUCUCAUUAAACAUUUUAAGAUUUCA